CUUGCUUUUCCUAAUCCUUUCCCAUGAUUUGACUUCAUUUUCUCCAUAUUUCUUUACCCUCUUCAAGAAAUCUUUAUUUUGCCCUUAUCCCAAAACCCCCCACCUUUUUUCUUUUGUUUUCAUCCUAGUUUCAAGAAUCACUUGUUUCUUUGUGAAAACUGUCGAGAACUGGAGUCGGGUUUUGCAAUGGAAAUUGAUCUGAACCAUGCAGCGAGUGGGAUUGAGGAAGUUUAUAGUGUUGAUUCGUGUGGAAAUGGUGGGGAUUCGUCUUUAUCAGCUUCCUCAAACUCCUCAAAUUCAUCCUUAAAGUCAUCAAAUCCCAAUUUUUCAUCCUCAAUUUACAUGGAACUUUGGCAUGCUUGUGCUGGCCCUCUAACUACUCUUCCAAACAAAGGAAAUGUGGUUGUUUAUUUCCCACAAGGUCAUCUAGAACAAAUUGCAUCUCACUCCUCUAUUCAGUUUUCACCCAUUGAAGUACCCUCUUUGGGACUUCACCCUCAAAUUUUUUGCAAAGUUGUGGAUGUUCAGUUACUUGCCAAUAAGGAGAAUGAUGAAAUUUAUACAAAGAUUUCACUUCUCCCACUACCAGAGGAAAAUUUGCAAGAAGGGGAGGAAGAAGGUGGUGGUGGGACACUCACAAAAUCAACCCCUCAAAUGUUCUGCAAAACGCUAACUGCAUCUGAUACAUCUACCCACGGUGGAUUCUCUGUGCCUAGAAGGGCUGCUGAAGAUUGUUUCCCACCUCUGGAUUAUAAACAGCAGAGGCCAAGCCAAGAGCUAGUGGCCAAGGACCUCCAUGGUGUGGAAUGGAAGUUUAGGCACAUUUAUAGAGGCCAACCGAGGCGGCAUUUGCUUACUACAGGGUGGAGCAUCUUCGUAAGCCAGAAGAAUCUUGUUUCUGGGGAUGCAGUUCUUUUUCUAAGGGGAGAAGGAGGCGAACUAAGGCUGGGAACUCGAAGAGCCACUCGACCAAGAAAUGUUCUUCCUGAUACAAUCAUGCCCAACUCCGAUUCCUUCACAGAUAUUCUUGCUCCUGUAGCUAAUGCAGUAUCUGCCAACACCAUCUUUCAUGUUUUCUACAGUCCCAGGUCUAAUCGAGCAGAUUUUAUUGUUCCUUAUGUGAAGUAUAUAAACUGCAUCAGCAAUAUGAUAACGAUUGGAACAAGGUUCAAAAUGAGAUUCAGUAUGGAUGAAUCUCCUGAAAGAAGGUUCAGAGGUUCUGUGACCGGUGUAAGUGACAUGGAUCCUUACAAAUGGCCUAAAUCAAAAUGGAGAUGCCUAACGGUGAGGUGGGAUGAAGAUGUUGGUAACAACAAUCAAGAACGGAUAUCUCCAUGGGAGAUUGAUCUUUCUGGUGCGCCUGUGCCACUUUUGAGCAUUCACCCGUCUCUAAGAUUCAAAAAAAUGCGGGCAAAUCUGCACCCAUCUGAACACCCCAUGGCGGGAUGGGGUGGAUGUUUAGACUUCGAGGAGUCCACAAGAUCCUCUAAGGUCUUGCAAGGUCAAGAAAAUGCAGGUGGGAAGAUGAACAACCCCUUAAACUUUGGGGUACAACCCUCGAUACAUUCGGGUUUUUCCCCAAAUCAGAUGUUAUUGACGGGAAGAAGUACAAAUAUCGUUGGCGAACUUGUGAGGGCUCAUCAUCAACCACCUUCCACUACCCCCUAUUCAGGCUUUAUGGGAUCUAACAACAGUAGAUACCCAAAGGUCUUGCAAGGUCAAGAAAUUUGCUCAUUGAGAUCUUUGACUGGGAAAACCAACGGUUCUUGGGGUGCACCAAGAACCGAUCUUGGUAUGCACCAAAGGCUGAGUAAUCCCGGUUUCUAUCCACUUGGUUCUGAAGGUGGUAGGAACUUCUGUUUUCCAAAUCCGGGUUCUGUCAUGCGCACAAGUCUCCCUGGAUUCCCAAUCAAUCGGGCGGCUUUUGGAAAUGGAGUUGCAGCCGAUGAUAUUAAUGGGAUACAGCUGCAGCCUCCAGUUGAGCUUGGGAAAACAACGGUCGAUCCGAUCAUGGAAGCUAAUUCAGGCAGUGAGAAAGAUGAUGGUGGUUCUGAUAGCAUGGGGAGUAGUUGUAAACUAUUUGGUUUUCACUUGAAUGGAGGUGCUCCUCCAAUACCAGAUGCACAAAGUUUAAGCAAGAGAAGCUGCACUAAGGUUCACAAACAAGGAAACAAGGUCGGAAGGGCCAUCGAUCUCUCGAAAAUGUCGAGUUAUGACGAAUUAUUUAGCGAGCUAGAGACACUCUUUCAAAUGGAAGGCGUGUUGAGCAACCGUGUUGGCACAUGGCGACUACUGUAUACCGAUGAAGAGAACGACAUGAUGGUUGUCGGUGAUGAUCCAUGGGAUGAGUUUGCAAGAAUGGCUACAAAGAUUCACAUACACACAAAGGAAGAAGUGGAGAAACUGAUGAGUGGUGGCGUAAUCAGCGACGACACCAGUUGUUUGGAGGAAGCUCCGGCGAUAGCCAUGGUGGAUACGGCUAAGAGUGGGUCUGCCGGAGUAAUUCUCCGGUCACCAUCACAGUGAUGAUAUGGUGAUGGUGAUGGUGAUGGUGAUGGUUUUCUUUAGAGUGCAUGUUUAAUUAUGCUACUGUUUUGUGCUUACUAAUUAAGCCAACAAAUAUGGAAGUUUGAUUAGCUUUUGAGGUACCUUGUAUUAAGCCAACAAAAUGCUUUAACCUUUUGAAGUAUUAAGCCAGCAAAUUGGUUGUUAUUAAGCUAUCCUUUAUAAUUUCAGAAAUCUAAAGAAUGCUUAAUU